UCAGGACCGGCGGGGCCGCGCGGCGCAUCCUGCGGGCGGCGGCGGGCGGCCGGGCGCAAGAUGAUGAAGUUUCGGUUCCGCAGGCAGGGCGCAGACCCGCAGCGCGAGAAGCUCAAGCAGGAGCUCUUCGCCUUCCAUAAGACUGUGGAGCAUGGCUUCCCCAACCAGCCCAGUGCGCUGGCCUUUGACCCUGAGCUUCGUAUCAUGGCCAUCGGCACCCGGUCUGGGGCCGUCAAGAUUUACGGUGCCCCUGGUGUGGAGUUCACGGGCCUGCACCGAGAUGCAGCCACUGUCACCCAGAUGCAUUUCCUGCCUGGUCAGGGUCGAGUCCUGACCCUGCUGGAUGAUGACAGCCUCCACCUGUGGGAGAUCGUCCACCAUGACGGCUGCGCCCACCUGGAGGAAGCCCUACGAUUCCAGGCACCCAGUCGGCCUGGCUUUGACGGUGCCAGCAGCCUGCCCAGCCUCUCCCACAUCACAGUGGUCCUGCUGGUAGCUGCGGGUGACAUGGCUGCCCUGGGCACGGAGGGCGGAAGCAUCUUCUUCCUGGAUGUUCCCACCCUGACACUGCUUGAGGGGCAGACCCUGGGCCCAGACGAGGUUCUGCGAAGCGUGCCUGAUGACUACCGGUGUGGGAAGGCGCUGGGCCCUGUGGAGUCACUCCAGGGACACCUGCGGGACCCCACCAAGAUCCUCAUCGGCUACAGCCGGGGCCUGCUGGUCAUCUGGAACCAGGCCGCUCGCUGUGCCGAGCGCAUCUUCCUGGGGAACCAGCAGCUGGAGAGUGUGUGCUGGGAGCGCAGUGGCCACACGGUGGUCAGCUCGCACAGCGAUGGCAGCUACGCCAUCUGGGCCGCGGACACCGGCGACUCCCCAACGGCGCAGCCCACGGUGGCCACCACGCCCUAUGGACCCUUCCCCUGCAAAGCCAUCAACAAGGUCCUGUGGCGAAGCUGUGCGUCUGGCAAGCACUUCGUCAUCUUCAGCGGUGGCAUGCCCCGCGCCAGCUAUGGUGACCGCCACUGCGUGAGCGUGCUCCAGGCCGAAACCCUGGUGACACUGGACUUCACCUCCCGUGUCAUCGACUUCUUCACAGUGCAUAGCAUGCGGCCCGAGGAUGAGUUCGACGAGCCGCAGGCCCUUGCAGUGCUGCUCGAAGAGGAGCUGGUGGUGCUGGACCUGCAGACCCCCGGCUGGCCAGCUGUACCCGCCCCGUACCUGGCCCCCCUGCACUCGUCUGCCAUCACCUGCUCGGCCCACGUCGCCAAUGUCCCUGCCAAGCUGUGGGCCCGCAUCCUGAGCGCCGGCGAGCAGCAGAGCCCCCAGCCAGCCUCCGGGGCAGCGAGCUGGCCCAUCACUGGGGGCCGGAACCUGGCUCAGGAGCCAUCCCAGCGAGGCCUGCUACUGACCGGCCACGAGGAUGGCACGGUGCGCUUCUGGGAUGCCUCUGGCGUGGCCCUGCGACCGCUCUACAAGCUGAGCACCGCUGGCCUCUUCCAGACGGACUGUGAGCAUGCCGACAGCCUGGCCCAGGCUGCCGAGGACGACUGGCCGCCCUUCCGCAAGGUGGGCUGCUUUGACCCCUACAGUGAUGACCCGCGGCUCGGCGUGCAGAAGGUGGCGCUCUGCAAGUACACGGCCCAGAUGGUGGUGGCCGGCACCGCCGGUCAGGUGCUGGUGCUGGAGUUGAGUGAUGCGCCGGCGGAGCAGGCGGUGGGCGUGGCCAGCCUGGACCUGCUGCAGGACCGCGAGGGCUUCACCUGGAAAGGCCACGAGCGGCUGAGCCCGCGCCUGGGACCGCUGCCCUGGCCAGCCGGCUUCCAGCCCCGCACGCUCAUCCAGUGCCUGCCACCAGCCGCUGUUACGGCCGUCACGCUCCACGCUGAGUGGGGCCUCGUGGCCUUCGGGACCAGUCACGGCUUUGGCCUCUUUGACUACCUGCGAAGGAGCCCCGUGCUGGCCAGGUGCACCCUGCACCCCAGCGACUCCCUGGCCAUGGAGGGACCACUGUCCCGCGUGAAGUCGCUCAAGAAGUCGCUGCGCCAGUCCUUCCGGCGCAUCCGCAAGAGCCGUGCAUCGGGCAAGAAGCGCACGGUUGCCGGCAGCAAGUUGCAGGAGGCCAACGCGCAGCUGGCGGAGCAGGCUGGUCCCCAGGAUGUGGAGGUGACGCCCGUGCAGCGCCGCAUCGAGCCCCGCUCGGCCGACGACUCCCUCUCGGGUGUUGUGCGCUGUCUCUACUUUGCAGACACCUUCCUUAGAGAUGCGGCCCACCACGGCCCCACCAUGUGGGCAGGCACCAACUCGGGCUCUGUGUUCGCCUAUGCACUGGAGGUGCCAGCGGCAGCAGCGGGCGGUGAGAAGCGGCCAGAGCGGGCGGUGGAGGCCGUGCUGGGCAAGGAGGUGCAGCUGAUGCACCGUGCCCCCGUGGUGGCCAUUGCGGUGCUGGAUGGGCGCGGCCGUCCCCUGCCGGAGCCCUACGAGGCCUCGCGAGACCUGGCGCAGGCGCCCGACAUGCAGGGCGGCCACGCCGUGCUCAUCGCAUCUGAGGAGCAGUUCAAGGUGUUCACGCUACCCAAAGUGAGCGCCAAGACCAAGUUCAAGCUGACAGCCCACGAGGGCUGCCGCGUGCGCAAGGUGGCCCUGGCUACCUUUGCCAGUGUUGCCUGCGAGGACUACGCGGAGACCUGCCUGGCCUGCCUCACUAACCUGGGUGACGUGCACGUGUUCUCGGUGCCGGGCCUGCGGCCCCAGGUGCACUAUGCCUGCAUCCGCAAGGAGGACAUCAGCGGCAUCGCCUCCUGCGUGUUCACGCGGCACGGCCAGGGUGAGGCGGGCCGGCGGCUGCAGUCAGGGCUUCUGGGAGGUGGGGAUGUGGCCCCUUACUGUGCUUCCCGCCCCCUCCUAGGGUUUUACCUGAUUUCCCCCUCGGAGUUUGAGCGCUUCUCCUUGAGCGCCCGAAACAUCACCGAGCCACUCUGCUGUCUGGACAUCCGUUGGCCCCGAGAUGCCACACGUGUCAGCCACAGGUCCCGAGAGUCGCCCAAGCUGAACCAGGCUAACGGGUCCCCGGGCAUCAUCCUGGCCCCACAGAGUUGUGAUGGAAGCCCCGAUCCCAUCUGCAAGGGGGCUGACACCCCAGAGCCAGCUGAGGCCAUGCUCUCACCUAUGUCCAUUGACUCGGCCACCAGUGCUGACACCACACUGGACACAACAGGGGACAUGACGGUGGAGGAUGUAAAGGAUUUCCUGGGCUCCUCAGAGGAAUCUGAGAAGAACCUGCGGAACCUGUCAGAAGAGGAGGCUCGAGCCUGCGCCAUCCUGAUCAAAUGAGGCUGCAGGGAGGCCAGAACUGCCAGGUCACCCCCACCCUGCUUGGAGCUGGAGCCAGGGGCCCAGUCCACCAUGUAGACCUGCACCUGCUAACUUCAGGCUCCUGUGGGGCCUGCCGGCCUGGCCCUGAGCCUCAGGGACUCCACCGGGCCCAGCCUGCAGGCAGAGGUCACUCGGGAGGUCAGGCGCCACAGGGGAGGCCGCAGGGCCCACGGCUACCACCUCCCAGGCCAUGUGCCAUCCUCCCCCUCUCCUUUUGCAAAGAGUAUUUUUCUAACGCCUGUGCCGGGCACCACAGUCAUUUCUAAAACUAUUUUGGUACUUGCUUCUGGGCCAGCACCCCCUUAACCCCCCUGCUGUGUGCGAGUGUGUGUGUAAGAGCUCCACUCGGCAACCAGGACUGAGGCCUGGCUGUGUGUGCGUGUGUAUGUGUGUGUGUGGGGGGGGUCAGGAUGGGUUUCCUGUAGAUUGUACUCUAGGGGACUUUUUUUCUGUCAUUUUUGUUAAAAUUAGUGUUUUAAAAUUAAAAAUACUGAUUUUUAAUAUUGAAAAUAAAAGCAUUUAAUAUCUCUUAAA